AUGCUAUUGAGUAAUUUGAUUAUUCCUCUAUUGUUGUUGUUUUCUCAACUUACUAUUGCAGCUAGUGUUGAUAAUGCACCUGUAGUUAAUAAAGUUAAGAGUGGAUUCAGUUAUUUAUUGACUUCAUUCGACGAUUCCUCUGUGCUACUAAGAGUUGAAAAGAAUUCAUUAUUGAGAACAGAAGAUAAUGGUAAGAGUUGGGAGAAAGUAAAAAUUGAUUCCAAAGACAGCAAAGUUGUUUAUGUACAUGUGGAUGAAUUAUACCCAGGUUCAAGAGCAAGUCUACGUACUGAAUACAACGAGACCUACAUAACAAAUGAUAAGGGUAAAACAUGGACUAAACUGAAUAUUAAUGUGCCAAAAAACAUGAAGGGACCAUCUGAUACAUGCUGGAUUAAAUCGCAUCCUUUAGAUAACAAAAUUCUUCUAGCUUCUUGUAGAAGUUUGAUCAAAGGCGAUUCCAGUAAGAAUACUAGUUUCCAAAAUAUGUAUAUGGCUCAGCUUUACUUCAUUUCUACCGAUACUGGUAAAACUUUUAAGCAAAUUGACAGUAAAAUAGAUUUGAGUGGAAAGAAAAAUAUCAGAAGUUUAAUAACGGAUUGUAAGUUUGGAAUAAGUUCCUCUAAAUCUAUGCUAACAAGUUUGUCGGAUACAAUCGUGUGUAAGUCCAAUUUGGUUCAAGGAAUAGAACAGAAGCCAAAAGAAACUCAAAAUAAAUCCGAUACUGGAGCUAAAGAUAAAAGGGAUGACUAUUUAUAUAAUGUAAAGCGUGCUGCUGGUACUAUUCUUUUUAACAAUGGUAAGUCAAAUGAUCCUCCGAUGACAUCGGUCAUGACCGAGUCAAAAUAUUUUGAGAUCUCAAUCAAAAAUCCAUCUAAUACCAAAAUAAUAGAAUCAUUAAAGGAGAAAACCAUAGAAUCUUUUUUCGUUUUUGAUCAACAAUUGGUUGCCAUAACAAUUGAUGACAGAUAUAACAAAAAUUCAUCUAAGAAGGUUUGGAUUUCAAAAGAUGGUAAAGAAUAUAAAGAGGCCCACUUACCAACCCAACUAAGGUUUUAUGUUGCUGGUGGUUUACGUGAGGAUGCUGCAGGUAGACUUUUAUUAACAAUCAAUAGGAAGAAAGGGCAAAAAUCGAAAAGAAAUGAUUAUGUCACAGAAAUUCUCAUAUCUGAUUCUAAGGGUGAGAAAUUUUCAGAUCUAUCCUUUAUGGAUACGACAACUUUAGGUAAUUCAUUUUUCCAAACUUUUGCGCACCUUCCAGGCACGAUAAUUGGUACAUUUACCUCCAUGAAUAGUUUUCAUGGAGGGAAUAGAAAGGAUGACUCUAAUGAAAGGAAAAAGAGCUCUCCUUCAAAAAUUACAAAAAUCAGCAUUGAUAAUGGAAAUUUCUGGUCAAAUUUAAAAGUUGUCGAUCCUGACAAUAAGAAAAACUUUAAGUGUGACAUUGAUGAUUAUGAAAACUGUUCCAUUCAACUUUUAAUGGGCGGUUUUGUGAGCUCAGAACCAAGUGCAGGGAUUAUAACCGUAAUCGGUGUCGUAUCUGAUGGUGUGUCCUUUAAUUGGGAUGAUGCUAAAACAUUUAUUUCCAGAGAUGGCGGUGAAUCUUGGCAGGUAGCUCUUGAUUUUCCUAGUAUCACAACGUCUGGUGACUACGGUAAUAUUAUUGUCGCUGUUCCUUUUAAUCCUGAAUCUGAUGGUGAUCCUGAGUCUGAGUUAUACUAUUCUCUUGAUCAGGGUCGCAGCUGGACAGAAUACCAAUUAGAAGAGCAGAUAAUUCCUAUUGAACUUAUAAGUACCACCUUAGAUGGUUCAGGAUCGAAGUUUAUGCUUUUGGGUAUGGUAGCUGAUCAAGCAGUAAAUGUCAUAAUAAGUAAUCCUGAUGAUGAUGAUGACGAGGAUGGCGAUAACGAUACGGCAUACACAUUUGUAUACGCAAUUGAUUUUUCAAAGGCGUUUAACGGAGAAAAAUGUAAACCUUCUGACUUUGAAACAUAUUCUUUAGCAAGUGGUGAAUGCAUUAACGGCGCAAAAUAUUCAGUACAAAGAAGAAAAGCUGAAUCAAAAUGCCUGGUUGGUACAACUUAUAAGGAUCUAGAAUGGAUUCAGGAAGAUUGCUCUCAAUGUACUGAAAAAGAUUACGAAUGUUCAUUUUCCUUUAAAAAAGGUGAAAAUGGAAAAUGUGUUCCAGAUUAUAAAUUAUUACAAUUAUCUGGACAAUGUAAUGGUGCUAAAAACAAUAAAAUCACUCUAUCACCUGUUCAAAAGCUCAACAAUAAUAAAUGUCAAAAAGAAUUAACAUUCGAUAAUGUUGAACUUUCUUGUGAAGAAAUAGGCUCCCCUGUCAAAUCUGGAGACAAAAUCAAGGUGACUGAAAAUUCAAUCAAUUCAAAAAUUGAAUAUUAUAAAUAUUUUGAUACAGUUUCAGAUGAAGCAUUACUGAUAGCUACAUCUGAUAGACAAGUUUACGUUUCAAAUGAUGGUGGUGAGACAAUCAAAAAAGUUGAGAUAGACAGUGAAAUUAUUGAAAUUACUUUUAAUCCAUACUUUGAUUCCACAGCUUACUUAUUUGGUGAUGAUGGAACCCUUUAUACCACUCAUGAUAGAGGUCAAACAUUUUCUUCAACAAAGCUUCCAAAAUCUAGACAAUUGGGAUUAGGUUUGAAUUUCAAUGCUCUUGAUGUCAAUCAAUUCAUAUACUAUGGAGGUAAGGAUUGUAAAUCGAUAUUUGAUACAAAGUGCCACUCUGUAGCUUAUCUAACUAAGGAUGGGGGUGAAACUUUUGAAGAGAUGCUUCGUGAUGGUAUUCACUGUGAUUUCGCAAAUACAAUAUUUACUGAUCCAUCCGUUAAAAACAUGAUCACCUGUAUGACAUUAACUGAAAAUCGUACCGGAAGGAGCUUAGUGCGCUCUAAUGACUAUUUUAAGACACAAUCUGUUGUUUUUGAUUCAAUUAUUGGUACUAUGGGUACUGGUGAAUUUUACGUUGUAGCUGUUCCACAUGGCGAGAAUGAAUUGAGAGCUUAUGUCACUGCUGAUGGUAUUACCUAUGCAGAGGCACAAUUUCCUGCUGACUUGAAUGAUAUUAGACAAGAAUCCUUCACUGUUCUUGGCUCGGAAUUUGGAUCAAUAUUUAUGCACUUGGCUGUUAAUAUUGGGGCAGGAGAAGAUUAUGGCCCUUUAUUGAAGUCCAACUAUAACGGUACCUCCUUUGUUUCUCUAGAACGAGCUGUUAAUAGGAACAGUCAAGGGUUCGUAGACUUUGAAAAAAUUCAAGGCCUUGAAGGUAUAAUUAUUAUAAACACUAUUGGAAAUGUCAAAAAAAUGGAAGAUCAUUUGGAAAACAAACAAUUGAAAUCAAAGAUUACUUUUAAUGAUGGAUCUGAUUGGGUUUAUAUUAAACCUCCGGCUAAAGAUUCUGAAGGCAAAAAAUACACCUGCAGCGGUAAAAGCCUUGACAAAUGUUCAUUGCAUUUACAUGGCUACACUGAAAGAAAAGAUGUAAGGGAUACUUUUGCAUCAGGCUCUGCAUUUGGUGUCAUGUUUGGUGUUGGUAAUGUUGGUCCUUAUUUAUUACCAGAAAAUGAAUCAUCCACAUAUCUUACGACUGAUGGCGGUGUUACAUGGUCUGAAGUUAAGAAAGGAAAUUAUCAAUGGGAAUAUGGUGAUCACGGUGGGAUUUUAGUACUAGUCGCCAGUAAUGUAGCAACAGACACCAUAUCAUAUUCUAUUGAUUCAGGCAAAACAUGGUUAGAUUACAAAUUUACUGGUGAAAAGGUCAUAAUUGAAGAUAUCAUAACAGUACCACGAGACUCAUCAAUGAGAUUCUUACUGUUGGGUAAAUCAAGCUCAUUUAAAGGUGGAACCUCAAAAAUUUACACCAUAGACUUUGCAGGUAGCUUUGAUAGACAGUGUGUUUACGAUAUUGAAAAUGAAAAUAAUGAUGAUUUUGAUUAUAUAUCUUUCAACCCCUUGAAGGAUAAUUGCUUAUUUGGUCAUCAAUUAGAGUAUUUGAAGAAAAAUAAGAAUAAUUGUUUUGUUGGAAGUGCGCCAUUAAGUGACUCCUUUAGAAUAGUAAAGAAUUGUUCUUGUACUAGAAAUGAUUUCGAGUGUGACUACAAUUAUUAUAAAGCAAAUGACGGAACUUGUAAAUUGGUUGAAGGUUUAUCUCCAAUUGAUCCAAGCGGUGUGUGUAAAACAGAUAAUGUCUUUGAAUAUUUUGCUUCAACUGGGUAUAGAAAAAUUCCAUUGUCUACUUGUAAUGGUGGGUUGAAUCUAGAAGGCAAAUCAACACCUCGUCCAUGUCCCGGUAAAAAGAAUGAAUUUAACAAGCAUCAUAAUUUAAAUGGGUACUCUUUUUCUGCUUUAUUUAUCAUUCCGUUUAUUAUUAUAGCCUUUUUAACAUGGGUGAUUUAUGACCGUGGUAUUCGUAGAAAUGGGGGAUUUUCUAGAUUUGGUGAAAUCAGACUUGGCGAUACUUUAAUUGAAGAUAACGAAUUUGACAGAGUUGUAAAUUCGGUUGUAAGAUCCGGAUUUAUUGCAUCAACAUCUUUAUAUUCUGGAUUCGAAAAGGUAAAAUAUUUUAUUAAAAAUCAUAUAGAUAGGUUACGCAGUAGAUCAUCAGAUAGAAGAGGACCAAGCUACACAACUCUUUUUAAUGAUCAAUUUCUAGACGAUGCUGAUGACUUAUUAGAAGGUCAUGACGAAGAUGCAAAUGAUUUGAAUAGUUUAUUGAACCAAGAUAAUGAUUUUGAUAUUGAUGAAGAUCCGCAUGACCCUCCAGAGUUUAGCACGCCAUUCAGAGACGAAGAAGAGGCACCAGUCGAAAACGUUGAUGACGAGAACCAAAAAAGUACUGAAUUGACUUCUGAUGACAAUAAUCAACAAAACGAUGAUAAUAACCAUAGUCCAGUUGAUUCAGAUAAUAAUAAUUGA